AUGCGGGCGGCCGAUCAGCUGCGCUCCCCGUUCUGGGACUGGGCGGCGGACAUGCGAGUGCCCCCUGUAACGGCGUCCCAGACUCUGACGAUCAACAUCUCCACCGGUAACGGUGUCGAGGAGAGCGAGGUUGAAAACCCUCUCUGGACUUUUAGAUUCCCUCGAGCAGCGUUGGAGAGCCGGUUCGGGGAGGGACAGUGGGACCCGGACAACAAUAAUGAGCGGACCUUCCGCUGUGUUGAGCCAGGCGAAAGCUAUCCUCGCACGGCCAACGAACUGCUCGCGGAACGCCCGUAUCAAAGCUGGUUGUACAACUGCUUUACGCGCGCCCAGACCUUUUCCCAGUUCGCGUCAACGGGCGACAUUGGGAUGAGCCUCGAACAGAUACACAACGGAGUUCACUGGGACGCUGCUUGCAAGGGACAGUUUCUCUCAUCGGAAUUUUCGGCCUUCGAUCCACUCUUCAUGUUGCACCACACCAAUGUCGAUCGACUCUGGGCGUACUGGCAGGUGAUUCACCCGAGCGAGACCAUGUUCCACGAAUCGUACGAGGGCGGCGCGCGAUUCUCUACACGAGAAGGGACAGUCAUCACGCCCAGGUCUCCCCUCCAUCCCUUCUUCGCCUCGGAAGACGAGCUGCACACGCCGACGACGGUGGACAGCAUCGAAGACUUUGGGUACACGUACGAGGGCCUCGAAUACUGGGAAAAGUCGAGGGAGCAGAUGGCGCAGAACGCCAGAAGGAUCAUCAACAGACAGUAUGGCCCCGGGAACAGGGAACUGAAGCGGCGCGAUGGCAAGCCGGUGAGGAGGUACUCGGUGGCGAUUGAAGUGGAGGUGGACGGUCUCGAGCGGCCGUGCUCAGUGGAGCUGACGAUUGCCAACCACUUUGUGGGAAACUUUGUGGUGAUGAAGCAGCCGAGGAGUGGCAUCCUCUACGGCAGCUUCCCGCUACACGACAUACUAAAGGCCGUCGGAUCGGUCAAGAGGCCGUUGAGUAACCAAGGGAAGCCGUUGGAUGGAGACGGGAUCUUUGACGCGAUUGUUCACUCGUUUGAUAUUUCCAUUGUCAAGCCCAACGGCGCGCACAUUCCCCUUUCAACGGUCCGCUCACUCAAGAUUGAGCUUGAGGAUGUGCUCGUGACUCCCCCAACGUCAGACGACCAGUUUCCCACGUACGGUAUACCCCGACGACGUCCACUGAUUGCCGUGCAGAGGCAGCCUACAGCUACGCCUUCGUCUGAUUUGACGCCGACGACGACGACGACGUUGACGCCGACGACGGCCUACGAAUGA